CUUGCUGUCUCUCUCCCACUCCGUCAAGCAUCUGCACUUUACUCAGAAGAGAGAGAAGGAGAGGAGAGAGAAAGAGGGGUGGCCCCCCAAUUUCCUAAUGGAGGACAGAAGGUCGUUUUGGACUCGCUUGAAGGCUCGAUUCCCCACGCACCCCUCACAAGCCAAGCCACUGCACCAUGGCUCGGGAUCACACCGGGCCCAGGUUCGAGCCGCGUGCUCUAUACUGUCACUUCUUCAAACCCAUAAAUUAUUUCUCUCUCUAGACUUCCUGGUCCUCUUCCUCUCUCUAGUUUCAGUUCGAAAGACCCCACUAUUAAAUACUAGAGAGAUUGCACAUGUGCCUGCGCUCCUGUCCUAAAGUUUGAAAGUUUGGGUUCCCUUGCGAUAGCAGGCUCUCUGAGAUAUUCGCCAUGGUUGGUCAUGGGGUAAAGGUGGUUUUGGGGUUGGUGUCUCUGACGUGGCAAAUGCAGGCCGCCAUGGCUGAUUGUCCUCUGGACUUGAGCGGUUCAAAUUUCACACUUGCAGCUUCUAUUUGCUCAAAAGAAGAUAGGGGCAAAUGCUGCCGGUACAUUAAUGCAUUUGUUGCUGUCGCUAUAUCUCAAUAUGCAAAUGUAACAAACCAACUUGGGGUUCCCCCAGAGUUAUCUGAUAUUUGCCUACAAUCUGUCUCAGAAACCCUAAUACUCUAUGGCAUUCCUUCAAAUGCAACUAUCUAUUGUGGAUUGGGGUUGAAGAUUCCGGUGAGCUAUCAAUGCAAAGGCCAUAGAACAAUUUUGGAAAUGAGGCAGUCACCAAUGUUUGAUGAUGUGGUCUUGAAUUGCAAGAUGCCCCUCUCAACUGAAGGCAGUUGCAGGAGGUGCUUAAAUGCCAGUAUUUUGUACCUUCAUCGCCUUGUCGGAGCUGAUGACAACACAACACUAAAUACGUGCAGGGAUGCGACCUUUGUAACUCUCACCAGCCAAGGUGACAAUGUAUCUACUAAUGGUUUCGCCAGCUGUUUCUUUGGUGUUCAAGGGCUCAGUAAUCAACAAGGUGUGGUUUCUGAGCCAUCUUCCCAGUUGCUCCCUCCCCAGGCUUCUCCAGGUCCCCAAUAUUUUUCAAUUCCCAAUCAGCAUUCAAAUGGGAUAGCUUUGAACAGCCGGAGCCAUCCAUAUCAUCUCACAUUGAUCCCAGGUUUAGGGAUUGCUGUUACAGGGGUUGCUUUUAUGCUCUUGAUCAUCCUAAUACUCCUCAUACGCCAAAAAAGCAGAGAGCUGCAGGGUUCUGGGAGUCCAGAUAGAACCUCAUGGAAAGGCUUCCAACCCCCUUGGCGGAUUAGAAAGUGUCACGAAGGUCUUUCUCAUGGUCCAUCAUCUAUGUUUAGACGCUUCAGCUACAAGGAAACAAAGAAGGCAACAGAUAAUUUCAGCACCGUCAUAGGGAGGGGUGGGUUUGGAACUGUGUAUAAAGCUCAAUUUGACAGUGGUUUAAUACUGGCAGUCAAAAGAAUGAAUAAAGUCUCAGAGCAAGGUGAGGAAGAAUUCUGUUGUGAGAUGGAGCUUCUCGGGCGUUUGCAUCAUCGGCAUCUUGUGGCUCUUAAAGGAUUCUGUAUUGAAUUGCAGGAGAGGUUUCUUAUGUAUGAGCACAUGGAGAACGGAAGCUUGAAGGAUCAUCUACACUCUUCUGGGAAAGCUUCCCUGGGUUGGCGUACGAGAAUCCAGAUUGCCAUAGAUGUGGCAAAUGCUCUGGAGUACCUGCAUUUCUAUUGUGAUCCACCUCUCUGUCACAGAGACAUAAAGUCCAGUAACAUUCUAUUAGAUGGGAAUUUUGUCGCGAAGGUUGCAGACUUUGGGUUGGCGCAUGUUGCAAGGAAUGGAGCCAUUAGCUUUGAACCCGUAAACACUGACAUCCGAGGAACCCCUGGAUACAUGGAUCCAGAAUAUGUGGUGACUCAAGAGCUAACUGAGAAGAGCGAUAUAUACAGUUAUGGUGUUGUGUUGCUUGAGUUGGUCACCGCCAGGCGGGCGAUACAGGAGAACAAGAACUUGGUGGAGUGGGCUCAAAAGUUCAUGGCAGAGCCUGCGAGGCUGCCUGAGCUGGUGGACCCUACAAUUGCGGAUGCUUAUGAUUUUGAACAACUUCAAGCUGUGGUCACAAUUGUGAGGCUUUGUACCCAAAGAGAAGGGAGAUUCAGGCCCUCAAUAAAGCAGGUGCUUAGACUUCUCUAUGAGAGGAUUGAUCCCCUACAAAACAGCUUUUCACGGGCUGUAGAGAGAGAAAUGGAGGAUGGGUUUAUGGGUGCUGGUGGGAAAAGCAAGGGCAAGGUGCAAAGAGGGGACGUUAUGAGUUAUAGUGGGGAUGCGAGGUGCUUGCAAUCAUCGAGUAGCACGUCAAGGUCUUAUUGUAGUAGAAGCUUUUUGCUUGAGAAUGGUUCACCUCAGUCUCCACCUGGGAUUUUCUCAGUUUGAUGGCGAGAGCGGUUGGGUCAUUUAGGUGGGGCUCAUCCUUUGUAAGCAUCCGUUUUGGAUUACAAUGUAGUUGGAUUGAACUGGUGGGAUGGCGCUGUAUUAUCAGGGUGGGAGCCACCCUCUUUGUCGUCAUCAGUUUUGUCCCAACAUUAUUGCUUGUUUUGUACUGUAAACUAUGGGCUUGAUGGGGGAGGAUGGAGUAUCUGUUUAGAAAGAUCUGAAUCAGAUUUGACUGAUGGUUAUUGCUCAUUUUGAACUGUAAGCUAUUGAGUUUUUGGCAAAAGCUACGAUUAUCAUAGGGACGGAGCCACCUAUUCUGCUAAAUCAGUUUUGGUCCCUUGGUUAUUGCUUGUUUUGGAUUGCAGUGUAACAAUGUAAAUGUUGGUCUGGUUGAACCCGGGCAAAGCUCUUUCUUUUGUGUUUUGGGUGUUCUUGAGUUUGAGUUUUCUAUGAAUCUUAAUUGGGUCUCAA